GUGCGGGUUGUACACCGUACCCGGAAACAACCCAAUAGACAGCAAGUCAUAUCAUAUAUGGGUAGAAUUCCAUAACGGAAUUCAUUUCCUGGGAAUUGUCAGAAAAUCAUGGCCAAGUUAGCAGAACUCUUUGAAACCGAGAUCCCGGCAGGACGAAGCCAGUUGCAGGAAAGUCAUACCAGUCUGCUGAAAGUGGCAUCCUUUUGCGAAGAAAAUUAUCUGCAGGCUGAAAAUAAGACGGCUGCCUUGGCAGAGACCAAGCAGUAUGCUACCCAGUCGCUGGCCAGUGUGGCCUAUCAGAUCAACACCUUGGCUACCAGCAUGCUACAGAUGCUGGACUUACAAGGAGUACAACUGGCUGACAUGGAAUCAAGCACCAAUCAUCUUGCCAGGAAUGUGAGUGUUCACAAGGAGAAGGUUUCUCGUCGGGAGAUCGGGGUCCUAACCGCCAACAAGCAUUGCCCCCACACCCACAAGAUCGUCGCGCCAGCCAACCCCGAGCAACCCAUCAAGUACAAAUCGGCACCCAUUGACUACGGCCUGCUGGAUGACAUCGGGCACGGCAUGAAGAUCAGCGAUCCGGCCAAGGCCGACACUUUCAGGAAGCGCAAAGAGUCCCAAAGCCUCCCGAGCCCCGGCCUGGUACCAGACAACUUCCCAGUUUUCAAUCCCGAUGAACGGCCGCCCAAUUCCCCCCUCGAAGUCGAUCUGUACGCGACGGUCCGUAAGACAGGCACCCCGCAAGGCUCCCCUAAGUCGGUGAGGCAGUAUCGAUCGCAAAGAUCAGUGCCAGUAGGGGGACAUCCCUCCCCUCCCCCUCCUCCUCCCCCUGACCCUGAUAUGCCACCUCCCCCUCACCCUAUGCCCCCCGCUCCAGACUCCUCUCUUCCACCUGCUAUGGCUCCCCCACCAAUGGCACCUCCACCACCUGCUCUACUGGCAACCAAAGUGGCAGAUGAUGAGAAGAAGAAACACGAGAAGGAUGUGACUCCUAGGAUGUUGAAUCCACCUCCUCCUCCCCCUGAUAUGAUGGUUUUGCCUCCUGAUGAAGCUGCUUCAUCGAUGCCCCCUCCCCCGCCCAUGGAUGACAUCCCUUACCCAGCCAACAUGGGCAUUGGUGAUGAUGAGAUGCCCCUACCACCGGAGUUUGUUCAGACUAGUGACGUGGACCAAUCUGCCCCCGCAGACUACAUAGAAAAAGUCAUUGCCCUUUACGGCUACGAGAAAAAUCUGGAAGAUGAGCUGACAUUCCAGGAAGAUGACAUCAUCUACGUGCUGAAAAAGAACCCCAAUGGUUGGUUUGAGGGCGUUUUGAAUGGAGUCACAGGCUUGUUUCCUGGAAACUACGUGCAGGCUGUUCCUUAAAGAUGUACUGUUUGUGUUAUUCUCUCGUU